AGUGACCUGUCAGUCUUGACUGAUGGGAGCCCAUGUGUGGGAAAAUCCCACAGCCAAAGAGUUGGAGCAUUCACAUGUUAAUGGGGCCGUAUAAAUACGAGGGCCGCGCCGCGCCGAGGGCCCUAUAGAGGCGAGGAGGAGCGGCCGGGACGGGGAGCGCACACCCGCACGCACACAUCAUCAACAACAACAUGACUGCUUCGACCAUGGCGCACAACACGGGGAAACAUCCCACAGCCAGAGACGAGAGAAAGAUGAGGAAGCCGCUCAUUGAGAGGAAAAGGCGGGAGAGGAUCAACAACUGCCUGGAUCAGCUGAAGGAGACCGUGAUUGGCGCCUUCAGACUUGACCAAUCUAAACUGGAGAAAGCAGACAUUCUGGAGAUGACAGUGAAACAUCUGCAGAACAUCCAGAGCAGUAAAGUCAGCGACUUCACAUCAGGUCUGGAGGCCCAGCAGAAAUAUAGCACAGGCUACAUCCAGUGCAUGCACGAGGUCCGCAGUAUGCUGCUCACCUGCGACUGGAUGGACAAGAGUCUGGGCUCCCGCCUGCUCAACCACCUCCUCAAGUCCCUGCCCAGGUCCACUGAUGAGCUCCCACUCUCCCAGCCCACAGCCACACACACUGUCCCUCCUCCAGCCGGCAGCAGAGGCCUCCUCGGCUCAGCCCUCACUGAGGAGAACCUGCUCCACAGAGACGGGACCGACCGCUGUGGAUCCCACCUGGGAAUGCUGGAGAUGUGGAGGCCCUGGUGACGUGGUGGAUCAACGGUGUUAUGUAUCUUAUAGAUAUGCUGCUCAGAAGACAAACACGUGGGGCAGUUUUGUUCCGAUGAUUAUAACUGUAGUGUAUGGGCUUUAAUGAUCCUUUUUCUCAGUACUUCCUUUCAGAAGUCAAUUCUUGUAGCCUGCAUUAUAGAAGGCUCUUAUUAAUCUUUCAUGUAUUUAUUGUAUUAACAGCUUAUUUAUUGGAUGUUAUAAGGUGUGACUUGACCACUUUGCUUGUCAUUGCAUAGAUUUUUAUGUCUUCCUCUACUUCUGCAUAAUCUAAACAUAAUAACAACAAUAAUAAAACUGAUUUAUUUCA